AUGUUACCCGUGAUUGGUGACUGCAUUUUACCCGCAACAUCUCCAACAACCUCACGCGUUACAUCACCCUUAACAUCCCCAACAACCUCCCCGAUAACAUCUCCAGUAACUUCACUAACAACCUCCCCAGUAACUUCACCAACAACCUCACCCGUUACAUCACCAGUAACAUCUCCAACAACCCCACCCGUCACAUCACCAGUAACAUCUCCAACAACUUCUCCCAUAACCUCUCCAACAACCUCCCCCGUCACAUCACCUGUAACAUCUCCAACAACUUCCCCCAUAACAUCACCCGUAACAUCCCCAACAACCUCACCCGUCACAUCACCAGUAACAUCUCCAACAACUUCUCCCAUAGCCUCUCCAACAACCUCCCCCGUCACAUCACUUGUAACAUCUCCAACAACUUCCCCCAUAACAUCACCCGUAACAUCCCCAACAACCUCUUCAGUUACAUCACCAGUAACAUCUCCAACAACCUCCUCCGUCACAUCACCUGUAACAUCUCCAACAACUUCCCCCAUAACAUCACCAAUAACAUCUCCAACAACUUCACCCGCUACAUCACCAGUAACUUCUCAAAAGACCUCUCCCGUCACAUCACCUGUAACAUCUCCAACAACUUCCCCCAUAACAUCACCCGUAACAUCCCCAACAACCUCACCCGUCACAUCACCAGUAACAUCUCCAACAACUUCUCCCAUAGCCUCUCCAACAACCUCCCCCGUCACAUCACCAGUAACAUCUCCAACAACCUCUCCUAUAACAUCUCCAGUAACUUCUCAAACAACCUCCCCCGUUACAUCACCAGUAACCUCUCCAUCAACCUCAUCCGUUUCAUCACCAGUAACAUCUCCAACAACCUCCCCUAUAGCAUCUGCAGUAACUUCUCAAACAACCUCCCCCGUUACAUCACCAGUAACCUCCCCCGUCACAUCACCUAUAACAUCCCAAACAACCCCCCCGGUACAAUCUCCAGUAACUUCGCGAACAACCUCACCCGUUACAUCACCAGUAACAUCUCGAACAACCUCCCCCGUCACAUCACCUGUAACAUCUCCAACAACUUCCCCCAUAACAUCACCUGUAACAUCCCCAACGACCUCCUCAGUUACAUCACAAGUAACAUCUCCAACAACCUCCCCCGUCACAUCACCUGUAACAUCUCCAACAACUUCCCCCAUAACAUCACCCGUAACAUCCCCAACAACCUCUUCAGUUACAUCACCAGUAACAUCUCCAACAACCUCCUCUGUCACAUCACCUGUAACAUCUCCAACAACUUCCCCCAUAACAUCACCAAUAACAUCUCCAACAACUUCACCCGCUACAUCACCAGUAACUUCUCAAAAGACCUCUCCCGUUACAUCUCCAAUAACGUCGCCUGCAACAUCUGCAAUAACAUCUCCGGUAACAUCUCCAACAACUUCCCCCAUAACAUCACCCGUAACAUCCCCAACAACCUCUCCCGUUACAUCGCCCAUAACAUCUCCAACAACCUCCCCCGUUACAUCACCUAUAACAUCUCCAACAACCUCCCCCAAUCCCGUUGGUACAUGUAAUUAA